AUGCCUCCAUGGUCCUCGAAUCGGCUACUUUCUUCGUCGUCUCGCGACCUCAACACUAGAUUUUCUAACGAUGCCUCACCCGCACAGCCCGUGUACCCACCUCUCAGAGUUACGGAGGCAGAUAUUUUGGACAGUGCUUUAUCGAUCCCCACGCUGACGGCGACCACGGACGUCACACAAAGAAACACAAGUGGAAGCUCUGCCAGACCAAGUCGUACACUCAGCCAUGGCCGCUCUAUCAGUCAUCCAUUUCCCUCUUUAUUUUCGAGCAAGAAGAAGAGGCACGGCGAAAGUGGAGGAGUAGACUCGACAGAUGAUGACUCUGGCAGUUCUCCAGUACGUUCACAUCAGACGGACAACGGAAGCAGGCAGAGCAAGACGAGCGACAAAGAUUUGACUGUGGGGAAAUGCAUGACGUGCGAUUCUACGGUGCGUUGGCCGAGGAAUCUGCAUGUUUUCAGAUGUACAGUCUGCUUGACAAUCAAUGAUUUGAAGCCCAUCUUGCUGGAAGCCAGGAGUGGCGAUGGCCAUCGGGCGCCAGUCGAGGACCGGUCAAUGAGGGCUCAUUUGCCAGCCCAAGUGCUCUCAAUUGAAAAGACUAGAAGACUGAUUGAUCAGUGCAUAACAUCAUAUCUGGUAGGUUGCAUGAACCAUGUGAACUCGCAAUCCGGAGAACUGCAGUCUUCUCCGCCUGGAUCACCACUACUGGAAGCUUCACAAUCUACCCCAAUGGCUGGUUCCAUUCGAAGAAUGAAGGAUGGAAGAUCAACAGUGUCUGAGAGUUUGUCCAGCGAAGAAGGUUGUCCCUCUUCUCUCGCUUCAGUUGAACACUUCCAGAAGCUACCAGAUAAAAGAGAAAUACCAUAUCAACCCCGUCAAGCGGACUCCCGGACCUACUCCUCUUCCUCGCCGGGAAAUCUCUAUACACCAGCAAUCAAAGAUGCGGAACGCCCCGAUGUUAAACGCCCCCUUGUCCACCAGCCCACGAGAAAAGUAACCGCAGAUGUCGAUCCUCAGAAGGUAAAUGGAAGUCCCAAAAAUCUGUUUAGACCACUAGAAGACUACAUAAUCACCUCUUUCAGUUCAUUGGAGUGCAUCAAUGCAUCCUUCUCGACCAUACGGCCAGGCCUGGUACCCCGAGCAAAAAGUGAAGGGGCCAAGAGAUGGCUUCCAACGGCCUUCAAAGCUCAGCCCAAAGAAUCGAUCUCAUCAGAAAAGGCUACGGAGGCAGAUAGUCUUCUUUCGGAGCUAGACGCCAAAACUCUUUUACUCGGCGAUUUUGCAGAGAAUGGCUCAUGGUGGACUGGAGGUCGAUCAGAAGAGAAAACCUCGACACGCAAUGAUUUCGGAAUUCAAGAUGUCGACAGUUUAAGCAAGUCAGGCCAUUUGGUCAACUUGAAAUCCCCCCAUAUAGACUGGCCAGCAGUCAACGAGUGGUAUUCUACAGUUAUCACAGCUGGAAAUUCAUGGCGAGCUAAGCUGCGUGAUCUUAACUUAUCGAAAUAUGAUGAUAAGACCGGCACUCACCCAUCGCCAUCUUUGGAUUUUAUUGAUAUUGAAAGUCAUAUUCUUGAAGCGCAGACUCAUACCCAGAGGGUCCUUCUCAAAGCGACUGAGAGUUUACUAAAACGUCCAGGGCGCCCAAUGAAUAAGCCAGAGGAUGUUCGUUUUCUACUGAUAAUUUGGGCCAACCCACUUCUAUAUCCUUCGCAUGUUCCUUCAAAAGCACGGGAGGAACCUCAAUCUAGGUCCCCAACAAAGAGCGACCGCGUGAUUCCUUCGGAAGUCCAUCAGCAAUCCAGAUCAACAUCGCAAUCAACUACAGCCGAAAGCCGUAAUACGCGGAAGGGUAGUUCUGGACAGCAUUCCGGAAUCAUCAAGCGAAUAUUGGGACUCCUAGCAAAUUUGCCAAAUGAGUGUCAUCAUCACCUCGUUUCUUGGUUUGCUCGUUUUACAGACAGCCACUUCCAAAAGACUGUGGAUUUAGUAGGAAGCUUUGUGACCUACAGGUUGACGAGACAGCAUGGCAAACAACGUGGGUCUGAAAAGGACCAAGCCAAUCAUUUGAUACCAUGUAUAAGUGGAACCGGGCGAGGUAGUUCAGCAGCUCUUCAUGCUGCCUUAGGUGCUCAACCUCCCCUAUCGUCGAAAAAGAAUAAUGGCAAAUCACAGCCUGUGGUGUAUGACGAUGAUUGGCAAAUCAAAGCAGCCGCAAAAGUGAUGGCUCUGUUGUUUUCCGCAAAUAAUCACGGUCAAGCAAAGAAGGGUGAAACCCAUUCGAUACCUGGAUUCCUAUCUGGCACUGUGCCUUUGUCUCGCGAUAGAAAUUUGCCGCAUGGCCAGAUAGUAGCUACAAGCGACUUCUACAAUACUUUGCUGGACUAUUGCGACCUCAUCGCUGACUUUGAAGCAUGGGAAGCUAAGCGAGGGAAAUUUUCUUUUUGUCAAUAUCCUUUCUUCCUCAGUAUUUGGGCGAAGAUUCAAAUAAUGGAGCACGACGCGCGGCGACAGAUGGAAGUGAAGGCUCGCGAAGCUUUCUUCGACAGUAUCAUGACUCGCCAAGUUGUUAACCAAUACCUCGUACUGAAAAUUCGACGGGAGUGCUUAGUAGAGGAUAGUCUCAAGGGUGUGAGCGAAGUCGUCGGAUCUGGAAGUGAGGAAAUCAAGAAAGGGCUUCGUAUCGAGUUUAAGGGCGAGGAAGGUAUUGAUGCUGGUGGGCUCAGGAAAGAGUGGUUUCUGCUUCUAGUGCGAGAUGUAUUUAAUCCUGAACACGGAAUGUUUACAUAUGAUGAAGAUUCUCAGUUCUGUUACUUCAACCCUAACAGCUUCGAAACAACAGAUCAAUUCUUUCUUGUUGGAGUUGUCUUAGGUCUAGCAAUAUAUAACUCGACGAUCCUUGAUGUAGCUCUUCCUCCAUUUGCUUUUCGGAAGCUACUUGCAGCUGGGCCACCUACGCCGCUUGGAGCAACUUCACAUGCAAAACCGAUCAUGGCUUAUUCUUUAGAGGAUUUGGCCGAAUAUCGUCCUGCUCUCGCUGCAGGGUUGAGACAAUUGUUAGAUUUUGAAGGCGAUGUGGAGGCAACCUUCUGUCGAGACUUCGUCGCCGAUGUCGAGAAAUAUGGGCAAACAAUCCAAGUGCCACUCUGUCCAGGUGGAGAGAAUCGUUCCGUCACAAACAGUAACAGGCGAGAAUUUGUUGACCUUUACGUCCGUUACCUCCUUGACGGGUCGGUCGUUCGACAGUUUGAGCCAUUCAAGAGGGGAUUCUUUACUGUUUGUGGGGGCAAUGCAUUAUCACUAUUUCGACCCGAAGAAAUUGAGCUCCUCAUCAGAGGUUCAGACGAGCCUCUUGAUAUUGCAUCCUUACGAGCGGUAGCUGUAUACGAGCAUUGGGGAGUUCCCGUCAAGGAGGCCGCCAACCAAUCCACCGUGGUCUGGUUCUGGGAUUCUUUCGCUGGCGCAAGUCCAAAAGAUCAACGGAAGCUACUGAGUUUUAUUACUGGAAGUGAUCGAAUACCUGCAAUGGGUGCCACCAAUCUUAUCAUAAAAGUGUCCUGCUUGGGGAAUGACUGUUCUAGGUUUCCCCAGGCGCGGACUUGUUUCAACAUGGUGUCGUUGUGGCGUUAUUCGUCAAAGGAGAAACUCGAGAGGAUGUUGUGGAGAGCUGUAAAUGAGAGUGAAGGCUUUGGAUUGAAAUGA